AUGGAAGUUGAUGAUGCAUCAUCUGAUCAGCAUGUUGAUAGCAGGGUUAAAGGUCACUCAACUGCAGCCAAUCGUAUGAACUUGUACAAAAAGAAGGGUGCCAAUUGGAGAGAGGAAUUACGUAAAAAAUGUGCGCAGCAUUUACGAGAAAGACGUGAAGAAGCGGUGAGUAGAGCGCGGGGUUUGGACGAGGAAACUGAACGAGCCGAGAUCAAUAAGAUAAUCAGAGAGGAAAUUGAAGCGAUGAGACGUUCGUUGCAGUUCGAAGAGGAUGAUUUAGUGGCCGCAAUUGAGGACUUUGAAUUAAUCCGAGAGGAGUUAUUACAACAAGAAUUAGAAGAUUUUGAAGCGUUGGAACAAGAAAGAUUAGAAGCCGAUGUAGCAUCAUACUUUUCAGAAGAAGUCACGUGUCCAUCCUGUCGAAUGUAUCCGUUGCUAUAUUUUGACCCGUAUACAAUAAUCUGUGAGCAGUGUGAAUUCUAUUUCCAUUUACCCGUUGAAAUGCCAUGUGCUGCCGAGUUGUCUGCCUAUUUCAUGCAGAUCUUCAGUGCUCACUUGAAUCGAAAGUGUGACGUGGUGCCAUCGGUGAUCAUUCAGGGCAAUCAUAUGUUCUUUAUGUGUGCUAACUGUGGCUUCUCGUAUACAGCAUUCUAA